GCUAACCGGAGAAGAGCGUGAGAACUGCUUUCGUUUUCAGUUUGGAAAACGGAAAUAAUGUGAUUCGUACGUGAAUUCUAGGCCUAGCUAACUACAAAGGUGUUUUCAGAUUUAGGUCUAAUUAUUUCCUUUUCCUUCUUUAUCUUUUUAAACAAAUCUUUAAAAGUGUAGGAACGCGUUCAGAAAUCUUGUAAUUUUGUAGCUUCAUAUCGAAUUCCAAGCUGAUAAGCGUCAGACGCGCAGGUUUGUCAAGUAACAGCAGGCUAAUUCUGGAGCAGUUUUCGACGACUUACUUUUCAACAUAAUGUUGGAACAAACGCCCUCGCAGCCCGAGUGGUUGUGUGAUCAGGUUAAAACAGGGACCACUAUUAUAGCGAUUGCCUUCGAAGGCGGAGUCGUUCUCGGCUCCGAUUCACGCGUGUCUGCGGGGGAGGCAGUAGUGAAUCGAGUCAUGAACAAGCUGUCUCCUCUCCAUGAUAAGAUAUACUGUGCUUUGUCUGGAUCUGCUGCUGAUGCCCAAACAAUAGCUGAGAUAGUCAACUACCAACUAGAUGUGCACAGCAUUGAGGUAGGAGAAGACCCCCUAGUUCGUUCAGCUGCUACAUUAGUGAAGAACAUCUCCUACAAGUACAAAGAGGAACUAUCUGCACAUCUCAUUGUUGCAGGCUGGGACAGGAGAGGUGGAGGACAGGUAUAUGUGACACUGGAUGGCCUUCUAUCUAAGCAGCCGUUUGCUAUUGGUGGCUCAGGAAGUUCAUACAUCUAUGGGUUUGUAGAUGCAGAAUACCAGAAAGGCAUGACAAGACAACAAUGCCAGGAGUUUGUUGUUAAUGCAUUGACUCUGGCUAUGAACAGAGAUGGAUCCAGUGGAGGUGUUGCAUAUCUUGUUACCAUUGACCAAGAAGGAACAGAGGAGAAGUGCAUUCUUGGAAAUAAACUACCCGUAUUUUUUGAUGAGUGAAAUAUAAAGAACUAUAACAAUCCUAAGAACACCCAUAUUUUUUUCAAAAAUAACCUUUUUAUUUUUUUUCAAACAUAACAUUAAACACUUUGCUUAUCUACACUGACUGAUUGCAAAUUUCAAUGAUUGACAAUAAUAAAAAAGUUACAAACUA